AUGACAAAAUAUGACUCAAAUUAUUUAGAAAACCUUUUAAAAGAAAAUAAUACAAUUUCUUUAAUAUCAGAAAGAAGAAAACAAAUCAUAAAAGAUAUUAUCAAUGAUUAUAAAAAGAUUAGUAAUGCAUAUAAUUUAAAUAUUCAAGGAGAUAAUAAUAUAUAUAAUUAUUAUAAUAAAUAUGUAUUACCAUAUUUCAUGAAUCAUAAUGAAAAUGAUAUAUAUGAUGAAGACAAUUGUAAAGUUUUAAAUACCUAUGAAAAAAUGGAUAAACAUUUAGAUGAAAAAUUAAAAGAAUUUAAAUACAAAAUGAUUCAAGAACAAAUCGAUAAUUAUUUUUAUGAUGCUCAUGAAAAAGAUUAUAAUAAUAUUAAUUCCUCAAAUUUAAAUGUAGAAAGAAAUUUAUCACAUAAUAAUAAUAAGAAUAAGAAUAAUAAUAUAUAUAAUAAUAAUAAUAAUAUAUAUAAUAAUAAUAUAUAUAAUAAUAAUACAUAUCAUAAACAAAAUACACAAUAUAAAAAUAAUAACAACCUACAUAAUCCAAUGAAUGCACGACAUGACCAAAGAAAUAAACAUAAUAAGAAUUAUUAUAAUUAUAUGAUUAAUGAUAAUAUGCAUAGUAAACAAAAAGAUGGCAAAAAUAUUAUGGUAAAACAAAAUAUGAAAAAAAAACAUGACAGUUAUUCAGAUAAUAAUAUGUCAACAAUUGAAAAGAAUUAUAAUAUUAUGCAUGUAAAAGAAAAUAAAUCUGAAGAUGAAAAUAGGAAAGAUAACUUACAUCCUUCGAAUGUUUAUAAAAAUAAAUGCACCAUUAAAAAUGAAGAAAAAUCUGUUUUAAUUAGGGGGAAUGAAAAAGAGGAAAUUAAUAAUAAUCUAGUAAAGGAAGAUAUUAUUAAGGAGGAUAUAAAAGCAGAUAUUAUUAAGGAGGAUAUAAAAGCAGAUAUUAUUGAUAAGGAUGUCAAACAAGAUAGUAUUCAUGUGGAAGCCAAACAAAAUAUUAUUAUUAGAGAUAUUUCUAAUGAAAAAGAUAAUUCAUAUAUUUUAAAUCAAAAAAUUGAUAAUAUUAAGAAACCUCAGGAUGCACCACAUGAACAAAGACCUAGAACGAUACUUAAACAAAUGCCAACAAAUAUAUCAUGUGUGCCCAUUAACCGUGUUGAAAAAGAUAUAUACAAUAAUGAUGAUUCAUUGAAAAGUAAAUUAAGUUGUUCAGUUAAUAAUAUCAACAUUAAAAAAACAACCCUUAAAUUAUCAGAGCCUAGUGAAGAAGAAAAUAUGAAGAAACCAAAAAGAGAAAGUGAAAAAGAAAAAAUAAGUGAAAAUAAAAAUAAAGGAGAUAAUGAAAAUAAAAAUAAAGGAGAUAAUGAAAAUAAAAAUAAAGGAGAUAAUAAAAAUAAAAAUAAAGAAGAGUGUGAUAGUAAAAAUAAAGCAGAGUGUGAAAAUAAAAACAAAAGAGUAGGUGAAAAAGAAGGUGAAAAAAUUGAUGAUAAUAAUAAUAAUAAUAGUAAUAAUGAUGAAUCAUCUAAUAAUAAUUAUAUAUCAGGAAAUGAGGAAAAAAACAAAACAAAUAGCGGUUAUUUAUUAAAUAAUAAAUUAUGUAUUCCUAUAGAUGAUGAAUAUAUAAAAAAGAUAAGACAUGAACAAACAGAUACAUUCCUACAAAAACUUAUUAUGGAAUAUUAUGAUGAAAAGAAAAGAAGAAGCCUUUAUGAUGACACAUCUAAAGGAAAUGUAUAUUAUGUUAAUGAUUAUGAAGAAUAUAGAGAAGAAUUUGAAUCAAAUAAAACAAAUAUUGGAGAUUUACAAAAUUUUGAUAAAUUAAUAUUAUCAAAUCAUUCUAUUCCUUCUAAUAAUGAAAAUGAUAAUAAUGCAAAUAAAUAUAAUGAUAUAAAACCAAGUAACACCAAAAAUAAUGAUCAACAAGAAAAAAAAAAUGUAAAUAAGCACAGUAACAAUAAUAACAACAAAGUUAUGAAUAAUACAUCCAUAGAAAAUAAUAAAAAUGUAGCUUUAAAAGAAGGUCAACAUAUUAAUAUUUCAAAAGAUUCAAUACACAUAAGUAAUCAGAAAAACAUAAAACAUACAGAAGGAUGUGAUGAAAGUAACUUUUUAUCUUAUAAAAAUAAAAUAAGGAAUGACAUCUUACAAGAGUUGGUAAACAAAAGUUUUAAUUGUAAAAAUAUAAAUGAUAUAUAUAAUAAUAAAGAAAAUAAAAUUGGAGUUAAUGAUACUCAUUUGAAACAAUGUGAGGUAAAUAUUAAGAAUAAUAUGAGAGAAUAUAAUCAAUCAAGAAAUAUGGAGAAUGUAAACGUCCAUGUUCAUAUGAAUAAUAACAAUGACAAAGAUAAAAGUAAUAAUGAAAGAAAGAAUAAUGUUGGUAAUAUAAAAAAUAUAACUAGUUUUAAUUUGAAUAGUAAGAAUAAAUUGACCACCACAACCACCACCAACAACAACAACAAUAAUAAUAAUAAUUAUUAUAAUAAUAAUAAUAUAAAUUUUAAUAGUGCAAAAAAAUAUUACUAUCCCAAUAAUAUUAACGAAGACCUGAAUUUAAAUGAUAAUAGAAGGAAUAAAGGAAAUAUUCCUUUUGAUAUGAAACUAACAGAUGACAUUAGCAACAAUAAUAAUAGUAAUAAUUAUAAAAUUAUGGAUAAAAAUUUAAAAUCUAUGAGGGAUGUAUCCUUAUCAUCGUUACAAAAAUUAAUUCAAGAACAUAACAAAAUAUUAAGAGAAAAACAUAAUCAUAAAAUAAAAAAAAUAGGAAAUCAAGAUAAUUGCAUGUUCAAAAUAAACGAAUCAAUUGAAUCUGAAAAUGAAAAUAAUGAACAUAAUAAUAAUUUAAAUAUUAUCCAUUCUAUUAAUAAUACCAACAACAAUAUACACUUCCCUAAUAAUAAAGUGAAUACAUUUAUUGCUAACAAAACGAAUGUUAAUAUGAAUAAUAUAACAAAUAUUAAUAUGAAUAAUGUAGUAAAUAGUAUAUUGAAUAAUGUAUCAAAUAAUAAUAUGAAUAAUGCACCCACAAAUUUUAUGAACAAUAAUGUAUCAAAUAAUAAUAUGAAUAAUUCAGUUAGCCAAUUGAUAAAUAAUGGAACUAGCCAUUUGAUGAAUAAUACAAAAAAACAUUUAAUAAAUAAUACAAACAACCAUUUAAUAAAUAAUACAAACAACCAUUUAAUAAAUAAUACAAACAACCAUUUAAUAAACAAUACAAACAAUCAUUUAAUAAAUAAUACAAACAACCAUUUGAUUAAUAACUUAUUGAACAAUCUUAUUAAUAAUAACAAUAUGACGAAUAUUCCUUCAGAUAUUGAUAAAAAUUCCAAAGUCUUUAAGAAUAUAGAAAAUGAAGAACAUGCAUUACAAAAUUUGUCAAAAAUACAAAAGUUAUUAUAUAAAGGUUCCAAUCCACAUAUGAUUAAUAAUUUACGUAUUUCAAAUAAUUUAAGUGAUGAUCAAAAUUCAAAUGUAAAUUCAUUUAUAAAAAUGAAUAAUGUUGAUAAAAAUGUAAGCACAUGUCAACACAACAAUAAUAAUAAUAAUAAUAAUAAUAAUAAUUAUGUGGUUAAUAUGACAAACAAAACACGUCAUAAUUGUAAACAAUGUAUAAACAGAUGUAAUGUAGUAGCUAAAGAUUAUGAAGAAAGCAAAGAUAUAAAUAAAAAAAGUGACCUAAUAAAAAAGGUAGAUAAUGAGAAAUGUUAUGAUGGGAUAUAUGAUAAGUCUGAAAUUGUUAAUGAUAUGAAGUAUAGAAGAAGGAAUAGCAAUGCUAGUAAUAAAAACAACAAUAAUAAUAACAAUGAUAAUCAUAUCAAUAGUCAUAAUAAUCACAAUAGUCACAAUAAUCACAAUAAUCACAAUAAUCACAAUAUCAAUGAUUAUUCAAAUUAUCAUCUUCAAAAACAACACGUAAAUGCAAUUCAAGAAGAUAUGGAUACCUAUAUUUUAAUAGACGAUGAUAAUGAUACAGAUAUUUCUACAGACAAAGGAAAUAACAACCAUUUAAAUCAUAAUAAUAAAAAAACCAACCUAAAAUGUAAUUUAACAAAAUUACCUAAUAUCAUACAGAAUGAAGAAAACAAAAAUGAUAAGAAUAUAUCAAGAACGAAAUAUGGAUGUUUAGAUAUUAAAAGAAAUUCUAGAGAAAAUAUUUAUCACAUGAACAAUGAACAAAAUGAAAUGAAUCAAGAAAUGAUUAAUGAUUAUCAUCAAAAUAAACAAGAUAAAGAUAUUAUAUCUACAUAUAAUCAUACGUCCAAAACACAAUAUGAAACAAAAAAAGGAAACGAAAUUUCUAAUAAUAAUUAUAUGAAUGAUAAAAAAAUACAAACAAUUCAUGGACAUAAUUCAGAUAAAUUAGAUCAGAUUAAUACACAAGAAAUUAAUAGAAAUGUCAUUCAAAAUAGAAACUUGAAUAAUAAUACAAGUACUGACGACAAAAUAGGACGUCCAUUAACACGAUCUAACAGUCAAAAGAAGAGUACACAUACCUUAGAAAAGGAAACAGGAAAUGAGCAAAAUGACAAUUCAAUUUAUUAUAAUAACACAGUUAAUAGAUUGAAUGAUGAAGUAGUAUUUAUUUCAACAAAUGAAAAUGAAGAUAAAAAUGGUUCAGUUAAUUCAUUGAAAGAAGAAAAGAAGAAUGGUACCUUGUUAUAUUCUAAAGGAGAAGAAGAAGAAGAAGAAAAUAAUCCAGAGACUCAAAAUGUUAGAAGAAGUGUUAGAUUGCAUGAUAAAAAGGUAAAAAAUGAAACAAAGAAUAAAGAAAUUGAAAAAAAAAAUAAUAGAUCAAAUAAUAAUAGAUCAAAUAAUAAUAGAUCAAAUAAUAAUAGGUCAAAUAAUAAUAGGCCAAAUAAUAAUAAAUCAAAUAAUAAUAGGCCAAAUAAUAAUAGGUCAAAUAAUAAUAAAUCAAAUAAUAAUAAGUCAAAUAAUAAUAAAUCAAAUAAUAAUAAAUCAAAUAAUAAUAUAUCAAAUAAUAAUAAAUCAAAUAAUAAUAAAUCAAAUAAUAUUACAUCAAAUAAUAUUAUAUCAAAUAAUAUUAUAUCAAAUAAUAUUAUAUCAAAUAAUAUUAUAUCAAAUAAUAUUAUAUCAAAUAAUACUAUAUCAUAUAAUACUAGAGCAAAUAUUAACAGGGCAACUGAUAACGAAUCUAUUAUAAACGAAUCAACUGCCAGUGAACAAAAUAAUAAGUCCAUUGAAAAAAAUGCAUUUGAAAAAAGCAAUUCUGUUGAAGUGGUUUCAUUAAAUGAUAGUACUGAUAUAAAUGAAAACCCUAGAAAUAUACAAAAUAAAAAUACGCAAUUAAAAAAUGUAAAUAUGUUUGAAAAGAAGAAGGUAUCAGAAACACCAGCAAUGGAAUUAAAGCUUUCAAAAAAACAUAGUCUUUUAAAAAAGAAAGAGAACUUAGAAAUAUUACAUCAAAAAUGUAAUGAACUUGAUGAAAAUAAAUGUGCAUCAGGAUUUGUAAAUUAUUUAUUACAAAAUAUUCAGAAAAAAGAUGGUAAAGAAACAUUUAAUGAUUUAUUAAAUUAUAUAUUAAAAUUAAAAGAAAUAUAUAAUAUGUCAACAAUGGAUUUCAUAGGUGCCUUCUUAAUAUUAGAGUCAUUCAAUUUAAAUAUUAUAAAUGAAUAUCCAUUACGUGAAUGGAUACUAGUUACAUUUCAUUAUAUAAAAGGAAUGAUCGCUUCACAAAAUAUUAAAUUUAUAAUUAAAUCAUUAGAUUUAAAUCAUUUAAUUAUUAGUAAUAUAACAGCUGCAUUUUAUAUGAAUAUUAAACCUAUUAAAGUAGAUGAACAAAAUAUAGAACGUGUACUUAAUCUCUUAUCAGAAGUUGUCAUAAGAAGAUCUUCUAGAUUUAAACUUCUUAAAUCAGAUACUGAAAAUCAAGAUCAGCAGGAUGAAAAAUUAGGAUCCUGCUGGCAACCAGUUCACACAAUAAAAGAUUCAUAA